AUGCCGCCAUCUGCCGUUGACUUGCCUCAUCUCAAGACAUACAAUGCCAUCUUGGACCGCUACACCUUGGAAAAGGUUUCAACGGAAAAAGGUACGGCGCGCAAGACCGUCCAGAUGGUCUGUUCCUUGCCCGCAGGCGUACACAGGCCUCAGGCCAUGGGGUGGAGGAGGGACCUUGAAGCAAGUGAUGGGAGACUUGUAAACACCGGCAUCCCAAGUCUACCUUACCGCGAACCGUUUCCUAUCAAGUCGACCAAGGAAGACCCUUUGAUCUCGCAGAAACCGGCUCGAUUUUUAGCAGCUUUUUCUUCUGCAACCGUCGUCUUCACCUCCACCACCAUCACCAACAUGGCGCCAUCAACCUACUUCGUGCUCCUCUGCCCCUUCUCACUCGCCAACGGCGAUCCGUAA